UAUUUCUCAGAAACAAAGGGAAAACCAUUAUAAUUCUUUCGACACAGUUGCUACGUUGCUCCCAUUGGCUCAUUUCCACCAGGUAGUGUGCAGCCACACUUAGAACUAAUUGAAAUUUCCAAAACACUCUUCAAAGGCAGCCUUAUGUAAAAUAGCAAGUAGGCCAGGGAGAUUGCCAAGGCAUGAAUCACAGAAGCAAGCAGCAAAAGGAAGAUAGGCUUUGUAUAGCCAGAUAACCCCCAUACUAGUAUACUUCCGUGUUCCUAUAGAGUUCCUCAAAUGACAUCACUCACAGUCGCCUUCAUGAUCACAGACUUGUGAUAAUCAAAAUUGACUGAGUCCUAUACAUGUUGUGGCAGUUGUGCCACCUGGCAAACUGCCGAGCAAUUAUCACUUGGCAGAGUUUCGGCAGCGUUUUACACCUGUGAUCCCAAGUUGGGAUUCGAAAAGAGGGCAAUGACUUUGCACCUGAGUUCAUUAAAGGCAGAUGAGGUAUAAUCUGUCUUCUUUUUCUCACGUGGGCCUCUGUGUGAACUCUGCGCCUUUAGUUGAUGCAAAGUUUCACUAUAAGCCUCAGUAUCACUGCUAGCCGGAAGUAUGGGGAAAUGAAGGAUGACGCCGUUGCGAAAAAGUGGUGUCAAUGGGAUUUCCCAUCCAACUCCCCGGAAGCAAAUACUAGCUUCAAAGGAGGAGUGCCUCAAGACCCAAGGACCAUGAUAAGAGAAGAAAAGGUUAAACUCCCCUUCCACGCCUGCCAAAGUUCCCAUCAAUUAUUAGUUCCCAGCUGACACAAACUGCAUUUGGAUGGAAAAGCUGCAUAUUAAAUCCUAAAAGACACUAAAGUCUUUGACCAUGGUUUAUUGGAUCCAAAGGCUUUUUUUCCUUGAUAGACACAGUUAAAAUAUUGAGCUAAGUAAAAUAGGACACUUUUUCCAGAAGUGGGAAGGUGGGGUAAUCUUUUUCCUAACAAAUAAUAACAUUUUUUGAAGAAGAAAAAAUAGCAAGAGGUAUGACUCUUAGGAAAUUGCUCAAGCAAAAUCAAGCUUGGUUGUAUCACAGGUUUGCUUGUUCCCUGGAUUAACACGACCAGCCAAAAGUCAGGGUAAGCAUCCCAAAUGGAGGCUGCAUUCUUAGGUUUCAGGUCUUGGCAGCCUUCUUUCUAAAGGCAACAGAUGUGAAGAAUGGAAUGGAAUUGCUUUAUUGAAAGAAUUGCUCCUUGGCAUGUCAAAACCUUCACGAAAGGGUGAACUAUCCCUUACUUUCAAGCUUUCUCAGCAGCUUCAAAUUGUAUACCUUUUAGGCAAUUAAGGUUGUUGAUACCCUGUAAAUAUGCCGUUGGUUGUACCUUGGUCCUGUUGAAGUCAAUAACCUGCAAUUACUUCAGAUUUAACCGUAGUCUGACCUUUUUAGAUAUUUCUUAAUCACACCUUUGAACUCAGGAUGAAGUGAAUUGUGGAAAACACAAGAUAAUCUUGAAGAGGUCUCUCAGAACAUUGCAGCUCUCAAUCUAGCCUGUCAUUCAGGACCAUGGAACCUGGUUGAAUUCACAAGUGUUUGCAGCUGAGAAUGGCAUUCUUGGUAGAGAUUAUUUCCAGAAGGGCAGCAGUAUUAGUCUGUUGCAGCACAAAGCAAGAAACAGUCCUGUGGCACUUUAAAGAUGAACACAUUUACUAUGGCAUAAACUUUGUGUGGACUAGAGUCCACUAGAUCUGAUGCAUAAAUUGUUUUGCUGAGGAAACAUAUAUAGUUGGUUUGGUUUGGUUCGAUUUGGUUUGAUUUUGUUUUUGAGAUGGGGGGCAAGAUCAGCUGUGAAGUCUCAAGGAAAGGAGAUGCAGAAAGUGAGAGGCAAUGCUAUUACACCAGGAACUGCAAUACAGUGGCACCUCGGUUUAAGUACACAAUUGGUUCCGGAAGUCUGCACUUAACCUGAAGCGAACUUUCCCAUUGAAAGUAAUGGAAAGUGGAUUAAUCCGUUCCAGACGGGUCCGCGGAGUACUUAAACUGAAAGUACUCAAACCGAAGCGUACUUAAACCGAGAUAUGACUGUAUUAAAAAAACAGCAGGAGAACUCUUUAACUGUAGCUGAAAGUGGCAAAACUAGAACAAAGGAAGUUCUGUGGAAAGUUGCAAUGUGAAAGUACAACAUUGCAAUUCAUCAAGAGGGACAGUUGUGGGGUUUGUUGGUUUGUUAGUUAUUUAGUUAGUUAGUUUCCAAAAAAAAUGCUACAUAUGUUAAUUUGCGUACUAAUACUAGGAUGUCUAGGUUAUCAACAACUGUUUUGUGAAUAGUGACGAAGUGUGCAACGCUCGAAAGCUCAUACCAAAAUAAAAACUUAGUUGGUCUUUAAGGUGCUACUGAAGGAAAAAAAAUAUUUUGUUUUGUGAAUAAUUAGUGUUAAUUAUGUGAUUAUAACCAUCCUGUUACUUUCUGCAUUUCACUUCUUUUGGCCUCCCUGUUAGUGUUUACAAUCUCUGCCCCCCCCCUGAGUUUGUGCUUCUGGGAUAUCACUUAAUGAAUUUGAUGAAGUCGAUUGUAGUCUACAGAAGCUUAUACACAAUAAAUUUAUCGUCUUUAAGAUGCCGCAGGGCUCUGUAUUGUAGAGAGGAAACUCAUAGCAAAUGUGAAGAUCUGAAGUGAUUUGACUGGAUGGCAAUUCUCUGUGGCUGCCAUAUUUACUACUUUCUUUUUCAAAGACAGCAUGCCAGAAAUUGUAACAAAUACAUUAAUAAGCACAUAUCUGACACUUCACCCCCCCCUUAAAGUUGAAGAACUGAACUUGCUUAUCCAUAUGGUCCCCCCAAUUUCCUCUCUUCCUGUAGGUGAUGAUGGCUUCUGUGUUCACAUCCAACAAAACCAUCCGGGUUUGCCCUUUCCUCAAUGGAGAUAUCGAAAACCCAGAGACCAAAACUAACAACAGCAACACAUGGAUUCGUCCCAAUUUGCCCAGCAGAUGUACAUGGAAACCAGGGAAAUCCAUCUCAGAGUCACCUCACAACUGUGUACCUAUUCCCAAAGAACCAAAGAUUCUGUCAUCUAUUUUGGAGAAAAUUGGACACACCCCUCUGGUCCGUGUCAACAAGAUUUCAAAAGCCCACGGGCUUAAGUGCGAGCUCUUGGCCAAGUGUGAGUAUUUCAAUGCUGGAGGAAGUGUCAAAGACCGAAUGUCCUUGAGGAUGAUAGAAGAUGCAGAAAAAGCUGGAACUCUGAAACCAGGAGACACACUCAUUGAGCCUACUUCAGGAAACACAGGGAUUGGAAUUGCCCUGGCAGCUGCAGUGAAGGGCUAUCGCUGCAUCAUUGUAAUGCCAGAGAAAAUGAGCAUGGAGAAGGUGGAUAUCCUGAGAGCCCUUGGGGCUGAGAUCGUAAGAACUCCCUGUACGAGAUACGACGCCCCAGAAUCAAAUGUCCGUGUUGCUUGGAAACUGAAGAAUGAAAUCCCAAACUCACAUAUUUUGGAUCAGUACAGAAAUCCAAGCAACCCACUGGCGCACUAUGACACCACAGCUGAGGAGAUUCUGGAGCAAUGUGACGGCAAAGUUGAUAUGUUUGUAGCUGGAGCUGGAACAGGAGGCAGCAUCUCUGGAAUUGCCAGAAAGAUGAAAGAGAAAUGUCCUGAAUGCAAAAUUGUUGGAGUGGAUCCUGAUGGCUCCAUUGUGGCCUUGCCCAGCUCUCUGAACACAGUAUCAGCAGAGGAUACAACAAUGGAGGUGGAAGGGAUUGGACACGACUUUAUCCCAACUGUCCUUGACAGAGCUGUGAUAGAUCAGUGGUGCAAGAGCAAUGACAAGGAAUCCUUUCUUAUGGCACGAAGACUGAUUAGAGAGGAGGGUUUGCUCUGUGGGGGCAGCUCAGGCAGUGCCAUGUCGGUGGCUGUGAAAGCUGCGAAGCAUCUGAAAGAGGGUCAGCGCUGUGUUGUCCUCCUGCCUGACUCUGUAAGGAACUACAUGUCUAAAUUUUUGAAUGACAAAUGGAUGGUCAAGAAUGGAUUUCUAAAAGAAGAUGUUGAAGAGCAUCAUCCUUGGUGGUGGACUAUCAAGGUGCAGAAGCUAAGCCUCUUAGCUCCUCUGACUCUCCUCCCAGAUGUGAACUGUCAAAAGGCCAUUGAAAUCCUUCGUGAGAAGGCGUACGACCAGGCACCGGUUGUUGCAGAAUCAGGACUCAUCUUGGGGAUGGUAACUCUGAGCAACAUCCUCUCCUCCGUCCUGGCAGGAACUGCCCAGUUCUCAGACCCAGUGAUGAAGGUCAUGUAUCAGCAGUUUUCCAAGAUUAGCCUGGAUGAUACCCUUGGAAAGCUUUCACACAUCCUGGAAAAUGAUCAUUUUGCUAUUGUUGUGCAUGAGCUGGAGCAAUACAAUGCAGAUGGCAGCUCCUUCAUGAAACAGAUGGUAUUUGGUGUGGUCACAGCUGUUGAUCUUCUCAGCUUUGUCACCCCCAAAAACAAGACCCAGGAACGAAGAGAUGUGACACUCGAAUCAGAUUCUUCUGAAAGAAUUUUCUCCAUGGCAGAAUCUGUGGAGAAAUAGCUAAAGACCUUUAAGUAUAAGAGUCUGGUUUUGUUUUCGAGUAUGGCUUUCUAUUUUAGAAUUAGCAUUGUAUUUAGUAUAGUAUUAUACUAGUAUCUAGUAUUUCUAUUUUAAUUUGCCUAGCUGUUCUUGGUCUGCUAUGUUCAUAGCUAUGCUCAUCCUAAAUGCCACCAAGGGAAAUAAUUUGGGAUCAGGAUGAUUGGACAAGAUCAAUUACAAUUAAAAUAAGCAGCUAUUCUGUGAUAGCAUGUUAAAAAAAAGAUUAUUGGGAGGAAGCAGUAGACUAAAUGGAUUCUCCUGUGAGGUUGUCUUGUUGCCUUGAUUUUUAUCUGGCAUUUUGUUGUUUGCAUUAACAUUGACUGGUAAAUGCAUUUCAAAAUCUGCUGGCAGAGCAAUAAAGAAAUACUACAGAUGCAAAGGCUGCCUGGCUUGAUUGUAGAACUGACAAUAAUACUGUUUGCCUGUACAAGGGAAGUGUGAACUGGGACUGUACAGAUGGUUGAAUGUUCAUAAGCCCCCCUUUUCCACAGAAAAAGACUUCCUGCUGUUAUGACUGACUGCUGGAGGUGUAUGCUGCUGCAACUCACCUCUUAGAACAUUUUUGACCAAGAAAGGUUCCUGGGCAUAGGAGACCAUGUGCAUGCCAAUGGUUCCUACCUCUAAGAGUCUGACAGUCAGAGAACUGCCAUAGCAGGGUGGGGCUUAAGGAGAUCUGAUUCUGGUACAGAUAAACACAGCCACAUGUUGAUGACUUCUGUAGCCCACCUAUGAAUAUCAGUUUGGGGAAAUACACACAGCCUCGAUAGGUGAGUCCCAAGGGCCAAAUACAGAUACUUGGGGGACCACAUUUGCCCCCCUGGUUUGAGGUUCCUCAUCCCUGCCCUAUAGGAACUACCUAUGAAGCACAAUAGCGACUAGAUUACUUCAAUCUAGACCCCCAAAUUAGUUGUAACUAAGUCCCAUUGAGAGUAAUUUGUAUCUGCCUUCACAUCAAAUUGAAAGCAGCUUUAUAAUUACAUUUAAUUGACCUUUCCUGCAACCCGAGGUGUUAUAUUCAGUUCAUAAUGGUAACUCCUCCGAUCAAUAUAGCAGAAAACAGAACAGAUGAUUUUAAUUCUGGAGAAGUCCAUAAAGCAGAGCAGUAAACUGUAGACUUGUACUCUUAAGUGUAUAGCAUCAGAACUACUUAGCUAUAUAAUGACAGUCUCUAAUGUGGCUUUCUGUCUUUGAGUAGACUGGAGAAACAGGGGCCGUGAUCUACUUUCCGUUGCUCAGUCCCACCUUUUUAUGAAGUUGAGGAACUUCCUUUAGAAGAAAGAAGGCUGAAUUCAACAGCUCUACUGGGCAUUGAUUAUUGUGCAGCUUUUCAUCUGCAAUUUGUCUGUACCCUUUUCCUUUUUUGGUAUGUAGUUUUUCCUAACCAUGCACUUUACCCUGUGAACAAAGACGGGGGUUUAAGAUGCUCUAAACAAGCUGCUUGUGCAUGUGCAGGCCAGCAUUAGAGCCCCUUGCACAGAGAAAAGGUUCACCCACAAAGCACCCAACCAUGUGUGAUGUUUAUAACUGGAUUCCACUGUAGAUUGGUUGGGGAUGGGGAGUGACUGGCCCAUACAAGUAAAGAGGCCAGUUGUCGACACUAUAUGCACAUACCUAUAUGAUGGUGACUCAGGGGAACCUAUCAUAGAGUAGAUAUGGGUACACUCUCCCCUCCAUCUCUCAGUAUGGGCAGAAAUGCUUAUCUGCAUCUUGCAUGCCACUGCAUGGGUUUUACUCCAUGUGACAGUAGUUGUAUAAAAAAUCCAUUUGCACGCAUGCAUCUCUGGACUGAGCCCAACAGUGGACUGUUCGGAACUGUUCCACUGUAACAUUUCCCAUGCAUGAAAAUUCAGAUAUUUUAAAAUGAGGGUCACUGAAUGCUGCUCAUGUAGAUGCUUACAGCAAACUGGCACUACAUAUUUUUGCCUGGCUAGACAAUCAAGACUUCUAGGAAUUAGAAGUUGGCAUGCUCAUGAAUGUGAUUCACAGACGUGGCAGGAAUAUAUGCUAUCAUUUUAAUGGGAGCUUUAACCACGUCUCAAAGUACGCACAUGAAAAUCGGUGACAUCGCUGGCAGAGUGCUCCUUACAAUGGUAGUGACACAAUAGCCAGGUUAAUUAGAAAAGCCUUUUGUAUCACUGGCUGUACGCAAACUAAAGAUAAUUACACGUGUUCAUUCAUUGUGCAAUAUGUGAACAGAUAUUGCCUUUUGUGUUUUUAAAAAUCCUGGCUCUUAUUUUCACCGGAUAUCCCGUUAAUUUUUUAUUCCAAUGUAUUAGCAGUUCAAUAUUCACCAACACAUUCCUUCCCAUAGUUCUCUGGGAAGAGAUAUUGACUGUUAAACCACUUUGAGAAUUGCAGCUCUAUGAGGGUAAUAGUGGUCUUUGAAGAACUCUCAGCACCCUUAACAAACUUCUAUUCCCACGAUUCUUUGGGGAAAGCCACAACCGUCUAAACUGGGACCGUACAGCUUAAAUGUAUCGUGUAGACUUGUCUAGGCUCAAAGUGUUCUUUAUGGGCUAAACCAGACAGUAUAAGAGGAACCACAUAAGGAAAGUGGGAUGAAAGCAUAGGUGGUGGGUUUGUCAUGUAGUUUGCCCGGAUCAGAAUCACCAUGAUUAUUAUCAGAAUUACUGCACGCUUCCUCAAUGUCUGCUAUUUGCAAUGGGACCAAUUGGAGCUUCCCUCCAUUCUGAAUAGAAGGCAUUGUGGAGUGAUUACAACUGGGAGCAUGGCGGGGCCAAAAGUUUAGAGGCUCCUUCCUUCAUGCCACAGUCUAGGACAGACUCACCUGCUCCACUCUGCAAGGCCAACUACAUGACAAACCAAGGUCAUGAGGCAAGCUCAUUUCUCCCUCUUCCAGGCAAUCUUUUGUGAUUUCAACCCAGUCACAGGAAAGGGGCAAAUGUUAACUAGAUAACUCAAGGAAAGGGCAUGGCGUGAGGUUUGCAGUUAAAAUAUGAACAUGCUUAGCAGGUAGAAGCAGAUUUUAAGCAAGUUAGCCUACAUUUUUCCUGUGAAGUAAAAAAUGAAAGAGUCAUUGCUGCCUUGUCGCCUGGCAUUUAUUGACCAUUCUAAACUGUGGACUGACGUGUAAUUCCACGGUGUACAAAAUGUUAAAAUGUUGUGGCGGAGUGGCAGGCUAUUCUGAAGAGGAUAAAUGCCAGUGCAUUUGUGAUGUGCCCACCUGCAUCUUGCCUCAUCCCUUCCUGCUUAGUAAGCAACAGUGACCCAGCUGCCAGUAACCGACCAUAGCAGCUCCAUGCCACCCAUUGAGUCACUUCCAUUCCCCACCCCCACCCUGAUAAAAUGAGGAUAGUAAAACCCACUUCUUAAUCAAGGCGCUUAUAUAGAUUAUAUGGGUAAAAAAUGGAGACAAGAUAAAGCAAAUUUGGACAUGUUUGGCAAGGGUUUAAGGAACUAUGGAAUAGUAAACAAGGGACAAUUGACUAUAGUCCUACACUAGGCUUCCUCAACCUUGGGCCUCCAGAUGUUUUGAGACUACAGUUCCCAUCAUCCCUGACCACUGGUCCUGCUACCUAGGGAUCAUGGGAGUUGUAGGCCAAAAACAUCUGGAGGGCCGAGGUUGAGGAAGUCUGUCCUACACUUUUAUGAGAAAGUACUAUUUGACUCAAAAUGGCACUCCUAUUAUUAAUCAUCAGAGGCUCAUUUUUCGUUAUUUUAUGUCAUUAUUGUUUAGAAUAAAUAUUAUUAACUGUCAAAAAUGUACUCAUUAUUGUUACAGGAUGUACUUACAUUAAAUUUAAGCUUUCUUAUAUAAAUAGAGAGGACCCCAGCUGUUAGAAUGCAAAUUGUAAAUGCUUUCUGCUUACAUAAUAUGGAAUAUAAAAACUCUUUUGACAAUAAAUAAUGCUAUAAUAAAAGACCCACUGGCAAUAAAUUAGAAAGGGCUCUUAGCUCCUCCCAGCUGUUCAGGUUUAUGGGUUUUCCCUUUGUUGUGACAUUAUAAAUAGCAUACCUUCCAGUUGAACAGCUACUGAGGAAAUAUCACUACCUGGGGACCAAACCACUUGCAACACCCACACCUGAAGCCUAUCCAGAGUAAUGAAGCCUAAGCAUUUCCUCUGCCUGCUGCUGAGCUGCUGCUUCCUACAAAAUGGUGACUGCGAGCGUCACAAGCCAGACUGUAGUGCUAUUAGCUGCCUAGCUUGUCCUGACAAUCACAAAGUCGUGACCCGUAAGGACCAGUGCUGUCCGCGCUGCAUCCCUCAGUGCAAGUGCCCUGCGUUUCUGAAGGAAGCUUGUAUCCGGGAAGGCUACAAAGAUGGCAUCCUUCUCCUGGGACAGUCUGUGAUUAUUGACUUUGGGACGCGAAAGUGUACCUGUGGAGAAGAUCAUAACAUUGCCUGCGUUUCCACUUGCCCGAAGAUUUCUCCAGCUUGCAAGCAUAUAGGAAGACCCCAGGAUGGCUGUGGAAUGUGCGCUUGUCCCAUUGAUGGUGAUAAUUUUGUACCUGCUGGUAAAGUCAUUGAAAGAGAAUGCAAAAUUUGUACCGGUAAGUGUCCCCCAAAUGGGGGGCAGCUUCAGUGCACCUUAACCCCUAAAUGCUCACUAGGGUAAAAAGUGCUCUGUAUCGUGGGAGCUGGGUGGUGGUAGUUCCAUAGCAUUCCUAAAUAAGCAUCCUGGUCUUUUAGGGAAUACAGUAGUAGAAUUUUAGCUUUGAGAGGGACCUUGGGGGACAUCUAGUUCAGUGCCAGAAUCUUAAAGCUACAUCAGCUCUCAUGAAUGUCACUGAACUCUUCCUAACAAUUUAACAGUUACAUGUUUAUGGUAUUACAGGUAUU